GAAAUAGUGUUGUAGGACACUUGAGAAACUUCAGAGAGUUUCUUCUCUAUACAAGUUCACUACUCUGUGCUUUGAUGUGCAAUUUCCUUGUGACAUGUACAAAAAAAACAUAUCUUGACAUGUAGUUUGGCUUUCUUUGAAUUUAAUACGAUACUAUCCCUCUAAAAUUUGCCAAAAAAUUUGUGAAAAAUGCCAGCGGUAAUCGUGGGUCCUCCUCAACGUAGCGAGCAGAUGCGUCAAGCACUGAAAGCUCACAUUACCAGAGAACGACAACGAAAGAAACAAGAACAAGAAGCAGAUGCAGAGGAGGAACGACAAAGAAAAGAGAGGGAACGUCAACAGAAACAAGAUGUAAUGACUUUAGGUGAGACUAGGGAACAAAUAUCGAAUCUCGAAAAUGAGCUGUCCCAUUUGAAAGAUGAGAAACACCAGCUGUUUCUGCAAUUGAAGAAGGUCUUAAAUGAAGAUGAUAAUAGAAGAAGACAAUUAAUUAAAGAAACAAAUGUUUGUUCUGAAGUAUUAACAGCGGUAGGAGGAUAUCCUGGAACAGGUCCUAGAGUAGUUCAUCCCCAGGUAUUUCUCCCCUUACCACGAAGCAGUAGUCCCCUUUAUAAAGUUGCUGUUUGUGCACCAACUCACACUUUAUUAUCGAGUGGUCCAUUGAAGAGAACUCACAGUCCUUCACCUCCUCCAAUAGCCUCUCCAUAUCAUGCUGUGUAUGGAUACAAACCACCCCCUUCAAUUCCAAGUUACAAUCACCCACCUUCCAAAUCUGAGGAAGCAGCUAGGAGAUCUGGCGAUUCCCGAGCUGUUCUAUGGAACAAGAACAGUCAAUACUCUGCCUCCAAUUUCUACUCUGCGCCCACGGGUCAAAGUGUCUAUAGUUAUUCCGCGGCUACUUCGCAACCAUCGCGAGAACCUGAGCCUGCCAAGUCUGUGUACCUUUCGGGAAACAGGCAAACUUUAUCAGCGCAUCAAACUGCAUAUGUGACAAACUUACAUACAUUGGAGCAUAAAGGCGCCUAUGCAGAAGAUAAAUUUUAUCUACGACCGAGCAGCCAUGUCACCGUCCAUGGCGGAGCUAUUCCUAUUCAACAACCGCCACAGGGAGCGAAAACGGGAGGAAUUACAUCAGGCUAUCCAGUGAGAGCGCCACAACCACCGCCUGCCCCAUAUCCGCCACCAGGUACUUACGUUAGUGCCUCUGGUGCUAACGUACCUGGACGGUUAUUAUACACUCAACCAGGUGCAAGAUAUCUUCAAAGAGAAGUAUAGAAUAUCGAUAAACACUUGCUUAAACUGAAAUAUCUCGACACAUUAUUUGUAUAUAAAGUUUAUAUUGUACAGUCGUCAACCAUAUUACAGUAUUCAAAUAUAUACAUUUGAAGUA